AUGGAGGUGAAUGUAAAAUAUAGAAAGGAUGAUGGCGACAAACUUAUAGAUCCUACUCUUUAUAGACAACUAGUUGGGAGUCUACUUUAUCUCACUAUGACUCUUCUUGAUAUUUCUCAUGCAGUUCAGGUCGUUGGCCAAUUUGUUGCUGAUCCUCGUUGCAUCCACCUCUCUGUUGUCCAUCAUUGGGCAGGAUACCUCGAUAUUGGACGCUCAACCACUGGGUGGUGUAUUUUUCUUGGAGAUUCUCUCAUAUCAUGGAAAUGUAAGAAACAACAACCUGUGUCUAAAUCUUCUGUAGAAACCGAAUACCGAGGAAUGUUCUCAGCUUGCAGUGAAAUUACUUAG